GACAAUUGACCUUUAUUAUAUUCCUUAAAUAAAAUAAAUGGAGCCUUCAAAUAGCAGAGAAGCAGCGCGAGAGAGAGCGGGAACGCGUAUAGUUUACAGCUACAUUCUCCUUUAGCUUUCCUUUACUCUCUCUCUCUCUCUUCAUCGUUGCUUCUUGAAUCUUGAGUUUGUUAAUCUCGAGAUCUGUGCCUGUGUUUUCACUUCUUGCAACACUCUUUUUGCUCGGGAGAUUCGUCGUUACGCUAAGAUAUGGCGCCACCGAUUGAGAUUGCUACCACCAAGAACUAUGCGGAGAAACAGGCUUCAGUUCCUCCUCUUAACGAGAGGAUACUUUCGUCCUUGACCCAUAGAUCAGUUGCUGCACACCCAUGGCAUGAUCUCGAGAUAGGACCUGAAGCUCCAGUAAUCUUCAACUGUGUGGUUGAGAUAGGAAAAGGGAGCAAGGUGAAGUAUGAACUCGACAAAACUACGGGUCUCAUCAAGGUCGACCGUAUUCUCUACUCAUCUGUUGUGUACCCACACAACUACGGGUUCAUUCCGCGUACCCUCUGUGAGGACAAUGACCCUAUUGAUGUUCUUGUCAUCAUGCAGGAACCGGUGAUCCCAGGAUGCUUUCUUCGCGCCAAAGCUAUUGGUCUUAUGCCAAUGAUCGAUCAGGGUGAGAAAGACGACAAGAUCAUUGCUGUCUGCGCUGACGAUCCAGAGUACCGUCAUUAUAAUGACAUCAAGGAGCUUCCUCCUCAUCGUCUGGCUGAGAUUCGUCGUUUCUUUGAAGAUUAUAAGAAAAACGAGAACAAGGAAGUAGCUGUUAACGACUUUCUUCCCGCUACCGCAGCCUAUGAAGCAGUUCAGCAUUCCAUGGAUCUCUAUGCAGAUUAUGUCAUGGAGACCUUGAGACGGUGAUCUCUUUCACCACCAUCCAAGCAAUAAAGAAAGCUUGCAAGUUGCAAUUUCACAUUUGUUUUCUUGACAGAUGUGAAGUGUAUACAAAAGUAUAAAUACUUACAUAAAUAUAGGGUUCUCAAAAGAAUGUAUUUGUGUAUGUCCUUUUGUUGAAUCCGGUAGAUGAUGCCGAAAAAAUUGUCAAAGAAACUAAGAACGUUGGUAUUGUACCCAUUUUGUUUAUUCUUCAUUUUUAUUCUUGAGUAAUUUUUCCCAUAUUGAUAAAUUGUUGAAAGUGUUUCGUUUCUUAAAUCCAUGGUAGAUUAUUGUUUUUUUUGGCUUCUA